GAAGAAGAAUAACUAAAAUUUCUUUUUAUCUUAAGAAUCACUAAAAUUUCUAUUUAUUUUAAGAGUGACUAAAAUUUCCAUUCAUUUUAAAGUUUUUAAGCAGCAUGUCAUAUACGCUUAUAUUUGACAAUGGUUGUAGCACUAUCAAAGCUGGUUACGUAACCGACGAUCAGCCAAAAUUAUUUCCAAACUGUAUCGUUAAGACGAAAACUGAUCGUAAAAGGAUUUUUGUGGCAGAUGAAGUUGAUGAAUGUCGCGAUCAUUCUAGCAUAUUUUUUCUCACUCCAGCUGAAAAAGGAUAUAUUGGUUAAUAUGUUGCUGCUUUUAGCAAUUUGAUUUCGGCAGCAAGAAUGCUUUUGAAUGAAUUGUUUUCAGUGCGAUUUUUUAUGCUAAAAGUGUUUUAGUCAACUGGGACGUAGAACAGCAAAUAUGGGACAGAGUAUUUGGGAAAGAUGCGUUGAAUGUUUCAUUUUCCGAUACUCGUAUCAUCAUGACCGAUACCAUUUACUGUGUGCCAGCAAUCCGUGAUUUUUCGGAUGAAAUACUCUUCGAACAGUAUGGAUUUCAUUCAGUUAUAAAAACAAGUGCCUCUUCAUUCGUUGCAAUGGCUGAUACAGUGUCACAAAAAUACAAGGAUCAACUUUGUUGUGUUGUCGUAGAUACAGGUUUUUCAUUUACGCAUAUCGUGCCUUAUUAUAAUGGAAAAGUUAUUCGGGAAGGCAUUUUAAGAAUUGACGUUGGCGGUAAAGUUUUGACUAAUUUGCUGAAAGAAUGGAUUUCAUACAGACAGUUAAAUGUAAUGGAAGAAACAUAUGUUAUGAACGAGUGCAAGGAAGACAUUUGCUUUGUUGCUGAUGAUUUUCCCAAACAUAUGGAAAUUGCUAAACGCCGAGGAAAAGAGAAUACCAUCGUUCAGGAUUACGUGCUUCCAGAUUUCAAUAUCCAUAGUCGCGGAUUUAUUCGUACUCCUGAAGAUAACGUUUGUGAUGAUCUACAAAAGUUGCGAGUAAAUAUAGAGAGAUUUGCAGUUCCUGAAACACUUUUUUCACCAUCAGACAUCGGAAUUUCACAGAUGGGUAUACCGGAAGCUAUAGCAACAGCUGUAAAGAAAUGCCCAUAUGGUUUGCGAGGACGAUUAUUGAACAACAUUGUUCUUUGUGGUGGUAAUGUUUUAUUCCCCGGAUUCAAAGAACGAGUUGCUAAAGAUUUGCGACCAUUCGUGGAUCAAAUUUAUGAUAUACAAUUAAGAGAUGUUGCUGAUCCCAUAACAUUUGCUUGGCACUGUGGACGGAAUGCUGUGAAACUCGGUGCUUGGGAUAAUAAGUUUGUUUCAAAGGCGGAGUAUAGUGAACACGGAUCUGUUAUUUGGAGAUUUUCUGCUUAAAAGUUGAUGUUGACGUUUCGUAGGUAAU